AUACGAGUAAUUUAUAUAUUUACAUGAACAAACUUUGAUGUUAUAGUAGAAAUGAAAUUGACUUCAAAAUGAGCCCCGAUUUUUCGUGGGAGACACGAAUGGCACGAAAAUGGAGGCACCUCAUCGUCCCUGCAACCGAAAGCCAAGAACCCAAAAUCCCUCUAAUAAAAAUGGUUUUCAAACCUCCUGAUGUCUGCGAGCACGAGAAGAUUGAUUUUGAGCAGAAGAAGUCUGAUGACAAAGUGGCAAUCAAGCUCAAGAAAGAGCUUUACCAACAAGUGCUUGAUUUCCAGAGGAAUCAUAGUGGCUUCGGCGCCGAGACCCUAUCUGAGCUAUUCAGAUUGAAGUCAAAGUGGGGUUUGAAGGGUCUCCAGAACCCGAAAAUCACUGUGAUCUUGAACCACUUCAAGAGGAAGACACUUUGUGCGCAGCUGGAUUCGCUUCUUGGCCAAACUCUUCCCUUUUACCAUGUUUGGGUGCUCUCCUUCGCGAGCCCGAACGAGAUUCCGUUGAGAAGAAUUGUGGAGAGUUACAACGACACGCGGAUAAGCUUCAUCAGCUCAGGGCAUGAUUUCAAGUACUAUGGAAGGUUCCAGAUGGCCUUGCAGACUGAAGCAGAUUUUGUGUACAUUCUGGACGACGAUAUGAUCCCGGGAAAGAGAAUGCUGGAGGUUUUAGCACAUGUUUCUGGGACUGAGAAGUACCAGAAUUCUGUUCUUGGGAGCAUUGGGAGAAUCUUGCCUUUCAGACAGAGGGAUUUUAGCUUCCCUAGCUACAGAAAGUUCAGGUCCAAAGAAGCUGGUUUGUACUUGCCUGAUCCAGCUUAUGAUAUCCUUGUUGAUCGAAUCGUUCGGGUGGAUUUCCUCUCCAGCUCUUGGUUUCUCUCUGCUGAUCUUGUCAAGGCUCUCUUCAUUGGAACCCCUCUCACUUUCGCAACCGGCGAAGACCUGCACUUAAGUUAUCAGCUUCAGAAGUAUAGAAAUGCAGGCUCAUUUGUUGUGCCAGUUGAUCCAAACGACAAGGAAACAUGGGGAGAUGGUGAGCAUAGGCUAGCCUACGUCUCCGAAACAACUGUGAUUUUCAAAGACAUUGUUCAGGUCAGGGAUGACCAAUGGUGGCGGGCACUUUCCACGGGCUACGUGACAAUGUGGGCCACAAUGUACCCACAGAAGAUAGAUGCCCUCUUCUACGCCCACUCGGUCGACGAAGUAAAAACCCUAGGCCCACUGCUUGAAAAGUUCAGGACAAGUGUUGGGAAAAAGGCAUACAUUGUUGUCCCCGGGGGCAGGUUCUUGGCUUGUGAGGAUGCUGUCAUUGCUCUCAAGUGGCCUAAAUUGGACUGCAGGGAGAGGAGAUUCAAGAUAUUUGAUUUGGGAAUAGGGGCAAUUUCGGGUAUUUCAAGCUCAGAAGUGCCUGUUUUACAGGCGGUUUACGCAAGCAUGAAAGGGUUAAUCAAGAUUCACAACCCCACUCUGGUGAUCACAGUGGCUGAUGCACACCCUAACAUCAAGAAAGCACUACAAAUGGCUGUGGCUAACACAAACAGAUCAAUUCUUGUUCUUUUGCCUCGGUUAUCCGUGCCCCACGUUCUUUGGAUGGCUGAUCUUCACCCAACUUCAUUGCCAAAUUGGAACAAGAUGAGGAUAUCCAUAAACAUCAUUACCCAAGACCGUGCGAGUUCGCUGGCUAGACUUUUGAAGUCUCUCAAGAACGCGUUCUAUGUUGGAGACGAAGUUCCCAUUACUUUCAACAUGGACACAAAAGUGGAUGAUGCGACGGUCAAGCUUGUGAACUCUUUCAGCUGGCCUCACGGAACGAAAACCCUGAGGAGGCGAAUCGUCCCAGGGGGGCUGAUUCGAGCUGUGAGUGAGAGUUGGUACCCGUCAUCGGAUGAUGACUUUGGGCUAUUACUUGAAGAUGACAUUGAAGUCUCCCCGUACUAUUACCUUUGGAUCAAGUACGCUCUCUUGGCAUACCAUUAUGACCCUCAAGUCUCGCUCCCCGAACUCUCCUCCAUCUCACUCUACACGCCGCGUUUGGUGGAAGUGGUGAAGGAGAGGCCAAAAUGGAAUGCGAGUGAGUUCUUCAAACGCAUCCAUCCAAACACGCCUUACCUCCACCAGCUCCCGUGCAGUUGGGGAGCGGUGUUCUUCCCAAAACAAUGGAGGGAGUUCUAUGUGUACAUGAACAUGAGGUUCACGGAGAAUGCCAAGGACAACCCGGUCCAAAUCCCCAAGUCGAGAACAAACGGGUGGCAAGCUUCAUGGAAGAAGUUCUUGAUAGACAUGAUGUACCUAAGAGGCUACGUCAGCCUCUACCCGAACUUCCCAAACCAGGCAAGCUUCUCCACCAACCACAUGGAGCCCGGGGCCCACAUCGCGGCGAAGGGCAACGUUGUAAAACACAACAAGGCUGACUUUGAGGUUCCCUUGUUGAAACAAGAAGACUUCAGGCUGCUUCUGCCCAAUGGGAAACUUCCCCCGGCCUCCAAACUCCCAUCACUCAACCUUUUCAACCGGCCUGUUUCUCUCAAGGGAUUGAAGUCUGCAGGUGCAAAGCUGAAACAGGACGUUCUUGAAUGUAACCUGACAGAGGUCGUCGCCGUUCAUCAUGACACGGGCCUGCCUUCACAUUGUGCAAGAUUCUGAAACAAGAUUGUUUCUUUGCUUUUUUCUAUUUAAAAAAAACGUUAAAUCACUCCGGGAUGAUCUCAAAAACUGAUCAAUUGAUCAUCAUCCCACUUGAUUAAACCCCAAUGUAAUGCAGCAUGCUGAUUGCAGACACCUUCAAUAUGCACAUAGUUCUUAGCUUAUUACACCUGCAAAUGGUAGAAACUAUAGACUUGGCUGCCAACUGAAGCAAACAUGAAUGAACUAUAGACAUAACA